AUGCCACCUUCCGAGCGUCGAAUACGAGGCAGACCGCGCAGGUGGACCAAGGAUGAGGACCGUUUACUCCUAGCGCUCGGCGAGAAAUUCCCUCAACGUGGACAGCUCCGGCAGCAUUUAACUGAUAAAGAGCUAGAGCUCCGAGACCAGUUCCCAGGGAAAACUAUUGCGGCUCUCAUGAUACAGCACAUGAGGCUAGUAAAGGCCAAAAGGGGAUCCAAGACAGAAAAUGGCUCGGCUGGGGUGGUGACAAGAACUCGUGGCAGCGCAGGACGGAAGGGGCCAGAGGAUAUUGGAGAUGGUGAAGCUUCCGACUCAGAGUCGGAUUCGGAGUCGGAUCCAGAUUCGGGAACAGAGAAUGAAGAGGAUCGGGAUACCGGAGCGGAAAAGUGCAGCGAUACAAAUAGCCAGAGGAGCGCUAUACUAGACCCAGUCAACGACGGAGAGUCAUAUCCGAUUACUUACCGAGCUGGGUCUUUCAUGUGCAAAAUGGAUCGACCAAGUCCAAGCCCAACAGAACAAGACGUAGGGUCUGGGUCCAGCCCCUCUCAGCUGUCACCGGCGGAGAUGGCUAGAGCCGGUGGACGGUUGUCAACGGCCAUGGUCCUGUACGGCAAUGCCACCAAGUAUCACCAAGAGAACCUAAUGAAGGAGCGUGAGCUUCUCUAUGCAAUUUCUGAGGCGGCCGACGAUAUCGAUGUGGCCGAGCAGCGGGUACAGGACGCGCGGUCACGCAGAGAGAAUCUGCGGCGAGAGCUGGAUGAGGUCAGAGAGCGGGUCAGGGUUGGUGCCGAAAUGGAUAGAGUGCUUCAAAGGCAGCUUCACCAAGUUGACUGUUAA